CCUCAUUCUUGACAAUUCCGAACAUACGUCAGAAGAAUCGGUGUUAUGUCUUAUGUAUCAUAUACUCUGACUAUUGUAUGUACAAGUCUACAACGAAUCCGAAUAUUGUUCCAUUAGUUAAACUGUCCUCAGCAUUUAAGCUCAGCGAGGAUAAGUGCUAAUUGAAAGAACGGCAAUGUGAUGUGACUUCGUGUAGUAUAUAUGGUAGUAGGUCAUCGAUAAUCACGUAAAACAGCAUUUUAGUAUGUAAUGAUACUAACAGACGUAGGCGCGGCAAACAAUUUAGUGUCCGGUGUGCACCCAUCCUGUGUCCCGAUAAGCUGACAAUUAUAUAUCAUAGAUAUACAACAGAGAUAGACAUAAAUGUAUGUGUCCCCACCAAAGCAACUUGAACUAGCUUCAUGAAACGACUGGCGAGUUAUCCAUCAGUGAAUCAGUCAAUGACUUGUCAACGUAAAUCAUUACCGAUGAUUCUCGUGUACUGAUGUGCAUGGAUAACUAAAAUACAUAUUCUCAACAAGUUUUCAUUUAUAUUCUGUAUAUAGACCAAUGAUAUUGUAGAAUUUGCUCUCAUCAUUUAUCAUUGGAUGCACGGUUAUCGAGAAAAAACGUAUGAUACUGGAGAAGGAGUAUACAAGUUAAAAAAAAAAAGAAGAUAACUUUCGUUCAUGUAUUUAAAGUUUAUUUCAAUUUAUCAUUCAGCGUAGUCUAUUUGCCGAUCAAAUAACAAUUACCAGUGAAUUUAACAAUUACCAGGUUUUUUUUUUUUUUUUGCAUAAAAUAAUUAUGGAGAAUACUGUAAAUGAAGUACAUGGAAAAAACGUAAGAUCUUUUGAAGAUACAACGCGAAGUAGACGAGUUUCUAUAAGUGAUCAAGUUAUUGGUAUCGAUAAUCCAGUUUUUGAACAUCAUAGACGAAUCAGUGCAAGUUCUGAUCAUAAUUCAGAUUGUCAAAAAAAGAAAUCUAUACUUCAUCAUGGUAGUAAUGAAAAUAUACAACAUAAAUUGGAUCUUGAUAAUGGUCAUACUAAUAGUCAGAAUAGAAAAAAAUCAGCAAUGAGUUUAUCAAGUUCAAUAAGAGAUAAAAUUGAAUAUACAGAGGAGCUUAAAAGAUCAUGGCUGUAUCUAUUCUGUACACGGUGUCAUGGUAAAGAGGACACACCGUCAUGGGAACCACCAGGUUGGCGACGAGCAUGUCCUCGCCCAUUUUGCCCAUCAUACAGAAAAUUUUCAAGAAUUUUCUGUCUUUUUCUUUUGGGUAUCAUGAUUUGGGGUAUCACUUACUCCAUAAUAGGCGCUGAUGCUGCUCCAGGUGGUCCAUUGUUUGGACUUGCUUGUCUGGCAAUUGCGGCACAUUUUGGUGGAUGGUUAUUUUCUCUCACAACAUUACCUGCCCUUAUUGGAAUGCUUCUUACGGGUUUUAUUAUGCAGAAUGCUGGUCUUGUAUACAUUGAAGGAAGAUAUAUGACUGUUAUUGCAAAUCUUCGAAAAAUCGCGUUAGUCAUAAUAUUAAUUCGGGCUGGCCUCGACCUAGAUCCAAAUGCCCUGAAGAGACAAAAGAUAACGAUGCCAAAGUUAGGGCUUGUGCCUUGGACCGUGGAAGCCACGUUAGUUGCAGUUACGGCGAGAUAUCUUCUUAACUUACCCUGGAUAUGGACCUUUUUAAUUGGAAGCAUUGUCGCAGCAGUAUCACCAGCUGUCGUCGUUCCAUGCCUCUUCAGGCUUCGUAGAAAGGGUUACGGUGUUGCCAAAGGAAUUCCAACUCUUAUAAUUGCAAUUGCCGGUAUUGAUGAUGCUGCAUCAGUUGCAAUUUUUGGUAUUAUUAGAAGUGUAAUGUUUUCUCACGAUGCUUUAUGGUAUCAAAUUCUUCAAGGACCAAUUUCAAUAAUCGGAGGUCUUGGUUUUGGUAUCCUUUGGGGUUAUCUUGCCAAAUAUGUUCCGGAAAAGGGGGAUCCGUUUAUGGUUCCUUUGAGAGUUCUCAUGUUAUUGUGUGGUGGGCUUAUCGCAGUUUUUGGAAGUGAAGCAAUAGAGCUAGGAGGAGCCGGUCCACUCGCUGUAGUUGCAGCUGCAUUUGUUAGCUGUUACUUUUGGCAAGACGAUGGAUGGGAUGUCGAAGAUAAUCCAGUAGCAAUCGCUUUUGAAAUAUUUUGGAUGAUAUUUGAACCAAUUUUAUUUGGUUUAACUGGAACACAAAUUAAAAUAAAUGAAUUGAAAGGUGAAACAAUUUAUUUCAGUAUUGCUUGUCUUUUAACUGCAAUAAUUCUGCGGAUUGUAGUAACAUUUCUUGUGGGUGUCAAAUCAAAACUUAAUGCUAAGGAAAAAAUAUUUAUUGCCUUUGCAUGUAUGGCUAAAGCAACUGUCCAAGCCGCUUUGGGACCAGUUACUUUAGACCAAAUUGACAGGAAUGACAGUGAACAAGUGCGAUAUGCAGAGACAACUCUUACUUUGUGUGUUCUUUCGAUUCUUUUAACUGCACCAACCGGUGCUAUUAUUAUUUCAUUAGCUGGUCCUAAACUUCUAACAAAAACAGCAGCAGCUCCAGUCCCACAUGAAGGUUGGAGGUCACGAAAACCUUCUAUUAGAGAUAUCUCUAUCAUCAAUGAGGAUCCAGAUCUGGAAGAAAACUCGGUAGAUAAUCAUUAAACUUAAUGAAAAAUUUGUGAUCAUUUUCAUUUAUUUAUUAUAUCACUAAUCUCCUAUGUAGAAUAUUAUUGUGUUUUCUAUAAAUCAAAUUUGUACAUACAAUAAAAUAUUGAUUAAGUGGAAAA